AUGGCGACAAAUCAGGGCCGCAAGCAGGACUACAUUGGGCGCGUGCGAUACUCCAAUGCCCUGCCUCCGCCGCCGAACCCACCCAAACUCCUCGAUAUACCCGGCACUGGACUCUCAGGCGGACAGUACACAAGCGCAGGAUAUGCCUCGAGGCUGGCGCGAGAGCAGCCGCUCAACAUCGAGGCCGACCAGGAGCUAGGGAUGCCCAUUGACUUGAUCGGCGUGCCUGGCAUAUUCGAUGGAGACGAGAGGGCGAUCAUGGCGAGACCUGCCCCUCAAACACUACACCCUGCCGACAAAGCACUCCUGCGCCCACUCGCAUCCCUUGGCAAACCCAACGCAGCCAGCGGCACAGUCUCCUUCCUUCGAAGAACUGAAUACACCGCCUCACAAAACACCCAACACUUCUCCUCCUCGACGUCUAAAGACCUGCUGCGCCUGCGCAACGAUGCAAAGAGACGGAAGCCCAGCUUGAACAAAGAAGACCCGAUCAACAUCAUGCGAAACAUUGUCAAGGGCUUCGAUAUUGCAUAUCCCCGCGAUGCAUACAGAGGCGAAGACAGCACGACGAAUCUCAGAGGAGCACAGGUGACGGAUGCGGAGCUGAAGGCUUGGUCGAACCCCAAACAUCCCACAAAGCCGGAGCUCAAACUGCUCGAUUCGUAUCCAGUACUGCCAGAUCUCGACGCGAUACCCACCACCGGUUUCUACAUGAUCAUGAAGUUCUCGGGCAACCCUGUUGAUAAGACGGGCACAUACGACCAACGUCUGGAUCUGGCGGUCCUCAAACCAGUCGGAGAUGAGCAAGCAGACCAUCAAUUCAACGACAAGAAGGCUGCUUGGGAUGAAUCGGACAAGUCGAAGCCAGAGCCGAUUCGAGAAUACGACUACGACUAUUUUCUCCUCAAUGAGCAAUCCGCCGUUCCCAACCUCAAGCGAAAACUGAAUGUGAACGACCCCGAGAACGAGGAUCCGGAGCUCUACACCGAUGACGUUGGAGAUGGGCAGCGCGCGUUCAAGUACAAGCGAAAGAGGACGUACGAAACGUUCACGCAGACCGGCGAUUCCAAGGACUACUACAAUGAUUCCGUUGCUCUUGCUCUACACGAUCCAGAGGCGGACGUUGCGUCCGUACCUGGUGGCAAGCAACGUCUGCAAAAGGGCGCAUACUUCUACCCGAUCGUGCAACGAACUGGUAUCAGACCAAAGCGCAAUGUCGGCAAGAUGCUGUAUCAGAUGGAGGAGGCGAAGAUUGAUGAGCUGAACGUCACGAUUGCGGACAUGAACGAGGACUCGAGGGCGGAGCAAGUUGAGAAGCGUGCUCAGCUGGAUCCAGCAGUGCGGACGAGUGAGGUUGCGGGAUGA